UUAUUUAUUUUUUUAUCCUCCUCCACCACCUGCUUCAUAAAAUGUCAGGAUUCCGUCCGUCCAGUUCAAGCCAGGCUGCUCAUUUGGAAGGACGCCAGACCUCCAUCCACUUAAAUCUGCAAGUUCAGUCCAAUAAAUUGUGACAUUGUCUGUCAGCUUUGGAAUAAGAAAUCGAUACGCGAGAAAAGGAACGCGGGAUUCUUCCGGAAUUUUAACGAUCUGUUUCACCUCCCGCACACACACACACACACACACACGCACACGCACACCAUCGUCCUUAUAAAUAUGCGAUUCGGUUGGAUUAGGUUGUUUUGGUCCAGCUUCACGCUUUUGCAGCUGGACCGGCGCCGCUGAUAGUGACUGAUUAUUGCCGUUGAUUUUUUUGUCAAUGCAAGACUCGCGGUGGAAACAUGUCUGUCCACUUCUUUGAGAGGAUCACUGCUAUCAGAGAUGGCAUUUUGGUCCAGCACUUCGGUUUUCACCACUAAAGUGCCCCGGAAAGUCUUAUUCAUGUUCACCCUCUCCCUCUCUGUCACUUACUUGUUCUACAGCUUGAUGAGCUGCUACAACUCGCUGCAGUUCCCCCUGCAAGAGAACUACGUGUAUCAAGGCAGGCUGGUGACGGAGGAGACAACUUUUGUGACAUUGAGGGAGAAACUUUACUCCGCUUCGCAGGGCUUCACCGAGUUCACCGAGGCGGAGAGGAGCACCGCGGUCUCCACCGUGAAGGAUCAUAAUGCCGAGGCCGAACAGAGGACAGUGGAGUGGAUUAGGACGCAGGCGGCUCCCACUAAUUCGGCGGCUUUGGCGGCAGCGUAUCACACCACCGCGCUGGAGAGGGAGCACCAGGAAUUCAGCACCACGGACAGCGAACUCAGGGUGAACUGCACUUCGGAUUACGGAGAGAAGAAACUUCCCCAAGCCAUCAUCAUCGGCGUGAAGAAAGGAGGGACCAGAGCCUUGCUGGAGGCGCUCAGGGUUCACCCGGACGUCAGAGCCGUUGGAAAUGAGCCACAUUUCUUUGACAGGAACUACGAGAAAGGGCUGGACUGGUACAGGGACCUGAUGCCUUCGACGCUGGAGGGGCAGAUCACCAUGGAGAAGACGCCCAGCUACUUUGUGACUAACCAUGCCCCAAAGCGCAUCCACUCCAUGGCCAGGGACAUCAAGCUAAUUAUUGUGGUGCGUAAUCCUGUCACCAGAGCCAUUUCAGACUACACACAGACUUUGUCCAAGAAACCCGAGAUCCCCACUUUUGAGGUUCUGGCUUUUAAGAACCGGACGCUGGGUCUUAUAGACGCCUCGUGGAGCGCGCUGCGUAUUGGAAUAUAUGCUCUCCACCUGGAGACCUGGAUGCAGUAUUUCCCUCUCUCCCAAAUGCACUUUGUCAGCGGGGAGAGGCUGAUCGUGGACCCUGCAGGCGAGAUGGCCAAAGUGCAAGACUUCUUGGGACUGAAGCGCAUCGUCACGGACAAACACUUUUACUUCAACAAAACAAAAGGGUUCCCCUGCUUGAAGAAGCCGGAGGACAGCAGCACUCCCAGAUGCCUUGGCAAAUCUAAAGGGAGAACUCACCCAAAAAUUGACCCGGACGUGAUUCGGCGGCUGCAAAAGUUCUACAAACCCUUUAACAUGAUGUUCUACCAAAUGACCGGCCAGAACUUUGAAUGGGAGCUGGAGAUCGACAGUGAAUCUCGCAGCUCUCGGGACUAGCAGAACCGCGAAACGGCACGCCGCAGCCACACCACCAGCCUUCUCACAAAAACUAUCCUGUCGUCCUGCUUUGUCUUUCAGAGAGGGGGAGAUAGAGAGGGAGAUAAUGCUUGAGCACACCAAUCAGUCAUGGCUGUCUUUGCAGUGUCUGUACCCAUUAGCAAGAGUUUACUGACAUGCUUUUUUUUUUUCUUCUCUCCCUUCAAUACUAAUGUUCACGAUGGAAAAAUCAUUAUUGUACAUAUUGAACAUAAAAAUAUAUUUAUAUUUGUGAAAAGGAGAUGAUUUAUUCCUCUUGUUUUCAGAGCUGAUAUGGAAACCGUGUUGACUAUUGCAAUGCAUGUGAUGAGUUAAGUGUCCUUACCUCAUGAGACAUAAGGGUAACCUCUGCCUGUUUCUUCUCCCUUUACUUUCCUGCAGUUUCUUGCCCUCACACCCACUCACCAGUGUUCGGUUUAAAAAAAAAAAAAAAGAAGAAAAAAAUCAAUUUCCGUGGUUAAGGCCAUGAAGUGCUUUGUAUUAGUUCUUUCAACACUGUCGUGCUGCUUUAUAAGAGAGGAAAAAUUAUUGACAUAUAGUAAAAUAAUCCUUUAACAUGAGCUCAUCUUCUUAUGUGUCCAUAUUCUGACUGACAGUUUACCAAAGUGUUAAUUUACUCAAGUUUUCUUUAUUUUUUUGUUAAGUCUGCGUUCAUUAAUCGCAAACAUAUUCAAUAAGGGAGCUGAUGUACAGUGCCGGCCAUCCAAUAAUUGGAUUGUUUCACUGCAUAGAUAAACAUUAGCAUACUGAUGACCACGCACAUCAGUGGUUUUAGCAUAAUUUGACAAGUGAAUCCAUGUUCUGCAAAUACCGGAGAUUCUGUGUGCAUAAAAACAAACAAACAAAAACAACUUCCUGGUCUCAACAUUCACCAGUCAUGUCUGUUAACUCCGACCUCGUCCGUUUUAUCGAAGUAAUUCAUGUCAACGAUGGCGAAACUCGGCGGCGGAAGACUGAGCAGAGAUUUGUUCACAAACAUCUGCUGCGGCGUGGUCUUCUGUCAUUAGAGAUUAAUGGCGUGUUAAAUAAAAGCACUGCUGCCGGAACAAUGUCAAUGUCAGACCGAAUUUGCUGCCACAGACAAAAAAAAAAAAAAGAGCUUCAUACAUGACCAGGUAAAUUACUAAGCAAUUACUGUGUGUGCUUAACUUGAAAUGUGUUGUAACUUGAAGUUUAACGCUUGUUAUCAGAAGGACAAACCAGGCAGAUGCUUGUGAUGAAGAUGAAAUGCAAUGAAAUCACAACAUAACAACAUUAAUCUUCUCUUUAUUCCAUUUAUUAUUCUGGUUUUGUUUGGUUUGUGAUUUUGCAUAACUCGCUGUGCGUCUGUCUGUUGUCUCUGGACUUUCCAUCAAUUGAGACAAUCAAUCAAUCAAUCAAUCAAUCAAUCAGUCAAUAAAUGCAGUCUGCUUCACAUAACUUGGUCGCCGCAGCUAUGAUGCAUUGCUCUGUUAAUACUCCCUGCUCUCCGGUCAAGGAUGGCUGGAUUGGUUCACUCUCUGCAGACCUCGCUCUCACCCUGGGGAGGCCACAGCACCAGCAGCUACUUACACGAAGCAAUUGAUUCAAUCAAAGUAAGCACCAUACUGCCCUUUGUCACACUGAGUCUGAACACUUACCUUCAGAGUCUCACUAUCCCGGAGUCACAACUUCCACUUUGAGGUUGUUUUUUUUUGUUUUUGUUUUUCUUGAUGUGCAGCCAUCCCUUGGUGUUUUCUUAACAAAUCCUCUUUUUUUUUCCCCACACUUCACUCCCUCUUUCUUUCCGUCGGAUCGCUCACGUAUGUCAUCCUCAGGGUCGGCAGGGCUGUGUCACAGGAACUCAACUCUAAUAAGACGCGCGAGUCUUGCAUUUAUAGGGGCAUUCGGAACUGUUUGCCCGUUGAGGUAGUAACUGGGAUUAUGGGAAUGUGAACCUCCCAUGAAACCUUUCGUUUCGUCGUGUUUCCUGAAAAUCAAAUGUACAUGCAUUUACAGGCCACUUUAUUAGGUACACCCGUUUAUCUGCUUGUCAAGGGAGAUAUUGAAGCAGCCAAACAAACGGCAGUAGUAGAUAUUUCGACGUGUAGAUAUGGUCAAAACAAGCUGGUGGUGUAAAAACUGAGCAGCAGAACGGGGGAGAAAAGGGUCAGAUGAGCUGGUCUGAGUAUUUCCAAACUGCAGAUCUCUUGAGAUUGUUAAGCACAAAACAUCUCUGCGGUUUAGAGAGGAUUGUCCAGAUAAAAAUUGAAAACAUCUCUGAGAGAAAAUGCCUUGUUGAUGCCAGCAGAGAACGAUCAGACUGAAUUCCUGUUUCCUUUUGUCUCCAAAUAACAAAGCACGACAAAACAAUUCAGAAGACAUUCUCUGCAUGCGCAUGUUGAACGCUAAGGUAGAAGGGCUACAGCAGCAAGGGCCACUCUUGACACUUGAUCAGUGGUCAUCGUAUCAGAAUGUCCACUAAGAUCUUUAUGAAAUGUAUGAAACUACUGAAGAAAAAUCCUUGUAUUUGUCAAUUUUGUUAUCAGAUCUUCAUAAUUAUUGCUAUUAUUUUUGAUAAUGCAGCAAACAACAGCGUCACCAUAGUGUAGGUGACACGGUCCCUUCAAACUUAGACCCUAAAAUUUCCUUCACCUGCAUUAUGUUUGUCAGUGAACCCAGCACUUAACGCCGCGUUCCCCGCUCGCUCCGUGGCAUUUUCCGUGAGUGAGCUCGGUAUGAGACAUUUCCAGGAGUAAUGAAACAAGGAGGAGUAUCCACAGUGAGCCGUGAGCUGAAGAGCUGCAGGUGACAGGCUGAAACGCCUCUCCCCGUGUCCUGCCGUAUGCUGCGCGGUGUGCGCUGCCUUUAUGAAACUCUGCAGCCCUUGGUUUUAAACCACAUUUGUAAUUGUGUUACCUGCAGUAAGUAUAGGUGUCACAAAACCAGUCGGGCCGAAAAACUUUGAGAUUGCCACUUUAGGAAAAAGCAUUUAUCAUGAUUUAUUUAUUCAAAAUCCCCCCCCCCAAGCUUUUGGAGCUUGCAUAAUAAACCCUCUAAACCAGACGGUCCCUCUCCAGCGUCGAGACGCUCAAAGAAAUCCAAAGAAGGCACCCUGCGGUGUUAUUAGAGCAGAUGAGGACUAUUUUCAUCUAUGAAUAUGCACUUUUCUAUCGUUUGCAUUUCCAGGACCGCGUGCAUGCGCAGGGGAAUUCCUCUCCAACACUUGGAUCCAACCACUCAUUACCAAACAUACACAGAUAGAUGGAGAGAGGGAUUUGCACCUUUUGUUUUCUGUCGCACCUGUUCAUUGACUUAGUGAUACAUCCUGCAAGAGUUACGACACAUGAAAGCCAUGGCGUUCGGAGCUGUCCUUCACGUGUUCCUCCCUGCGGGGGUGGGGUCAGGCUGUGUUUUGUGGUUCAUGAGUGUUUCGAAGCAUCGAGCGGCAGAAGAGCCUGAUGAUGGACGAGAGCAUCACCUGCUCCUCAAACUGUCACUGCGCAAGUGCUGUCAUUAAAAAGGAAAACAUACAAAUUCA